UGUGUGUGUGUGGGGGGGGGAAGCUUUCACUUUCACUUCAAGCUCCAUUGAUUCGGUCGAGACGCUGAAUUCAACAACAAUAAAAAAAAGAGACAAAAAACCAAACAAAGUUGCAACAGAAUAGCCGACUCAGGGAAACAGAGGAACACUUUAGGAAACCCCACCAUGGCGUUUAAGUAUCCGGCUGCGAGAAGAGAUGAGAGUAAGGUGGAUGACUACCAUGGAACUAAGAUAUGUGAUCCUUACACAUGGCUGGAAGACCCUGAUAGUGCAGAAACAAUGGCCUUUGUUGAGGAGCAGAACAAACUGACCAUGCCGUACCUGGAGCAGUGUGCUGUCCGGGCUCAGUUCCACCAGCGUCUCACUGAGCUCUAUGACUAUCCCAAAUACAGCUGCCCUUACAAAAGAGGGAAGAGGUAUUUCUACUUUCACAACAAAGGUCUCCAGAACCAGAAUGUGUUGUAUGUGCAGGACUCUCUGGAUGGACCUGCCACCGUAUUCUUUGACCCGAAUAAACUCUCUGAAGAUGGCACUGUGGCACUGAAGAUGGGCCGUCUGUCAGAGGAGUGUGAAUAUUUUGCAUAUGGUUUGAGCAGCAGUGGUUCAGACUGGGUAACAAUGCAUUUCAUGAAGGCUGAUGACCUCACCCCGCUGCCUGAUGUACUGGAGAGGGUUAAAUUCAGCUGCUUAGCCUGGACUCACGAUGCCAAGGGCGUCUUUUAUAACUGCUACCCACGCCAGGAAGGCAAAACUGAUGGCACAGAGACCACCUGCAACAUCAAUCAGAAGCUCUACUACCACAUCAUCGGCACCAAACAGUCAGAAGACAUUCUGGUUGCAGAGUUCCCCGAACAUCCUAAGUGGCACAGUUCAGUAACUAUAUCAGAUGAUGGUAGAUAUGCUGUUUUGUCCAUCACUGAAGGCUGUGAGCCUGUCAACCAGCUGUGGUACUGUGACCUUCAGCAGCUCCGCGACGGCAUUACAGGCCUGCUGCCAUGGGUCAAACUUGUGGACAACUUUGACGCCCAGUACUCAUAUGUCACCAAUGAGGGAACUGUGUUCACGUUCCACUCCAAUUUGGAUGCUCCUCGCUACUGUCUCAUCAACAUAGAUAUCCAGAAACCAGACAGGCAGCACUGGACUACCCUUAUAGCUCAGCACGACAAGGAUGUUCUGGGCUUGGUCUCCUGUGUGAACCAGCACCACCUGCUGGUAAACUAUCUCCAUGAUGUGAAGGAUAUCCUGCAGGUGUAUGAGUUGUCUACAGGCCGGCUGGUCAGGGACCUGCCGCUGGACGUUGGCACAGUGGCCGGAGUGAGCUGCAAGAAGAAACACUCUGAUUUCUUCUACAAGUUCACCUCCUUCACUACACCUGGUAUCAUUUACCACUGUGAUUUGAGUGAGUUGAACCCAGAGCCCAGAGUGUUCAGGGAGGUGGAGGUAAAAGGCAUCAAGCAAGACGACUAUCAGACCAGCCAGGUAUUUUAUCCCAGUAAAGAUGGAACCAAGAUCCCAAUGUUCUUAGUUCACGCCAAAGGCCUAAAGAAGGAUGGGACUCAUCCUGUCUUCCUUUAUGGCUAUGGAGGCUUUGAGUCUUCCAUACAACCGUACUACAAUGUUGCUUACCUGCUGUAUGUGAGACACCUGGGAGGGAUCCUGGCAGUGGCCAACAUCAGAGGGGGCGGAGAGUACGGCCUCACCUGGCACAAAGCUGGUACAUUAGGGAACAAGCAGAAUUGCUUUGAUGACUUCCAGUGUGCAGCAGAGUAUCUGAUCCAGGAGAAGUACACCACAGCCAGCCGCAUUGCUAUCAACGGAGCCUCUAAUGGAGGGCUGCUAAUAGCGGCAUGCGUGAACCAGCGUCCAGACCUGUUUGGCUGUGCUGUGGCAGAGGUGGGGGUAAUGGAUAUGUUGAAGUUCCACAAAUUCACCAUCGGCCACGCCUGGACCACCGACUAUGGCUGUUCUGAUGACCCGGAGCAGUUCAAGUGGCUCAUCAAGUAUUCUCCUCUCCAUAAUCUGCCUCAGCCACCUUACUCUGGCCUUCCCUACCCGGCCAUCCUGCUUCUGACAGCAGAUCAUGAUGAUCGUGUGGUGCCUCUCCACACCCUGAAGUACUGUGCUGCCUUGCAGCAUGGAGUUGGCAGCAGCCCUGUGCAGCGUCAGCCUCUGAUGGUCAGGGUGGACACCUGUAGUGGGCACGGUGCAGGGAAACCCACCACCAAGGCCAUCUUGGAGGACACACACAUCUUUUCCUUCAUCGCUGAGACACUUGGCCUCAGCUGGAAGGAUUGAAGAGAAAAUGAGGGGAGUUAAAGAAUACACACAAUGAGGGAGGAGAAAAAAAUUAAGAAAAAUAAGGGCAGAUGAAGCAGAGAGAAGAGAAAUAACCACUGUGUGUAAAAUCUGAUACUCAUCUUAAUGCCUCUGAAACAACUCUUAACAGUAGAUUACCUUAACCAAUCAAAUGCACAAAAAGAUUAUGAUUUUUUUCUGAAUACAUUGAAAUUGAAAUUGAACUUUGGACUAAAGCAUCUUCAAUAAAAUCUCUAUUUCUACCAUGA